AUGAUUCCUCAAUCUAAGAUCGUGGCUCUCUUUGCUGCGUUGGUUGCAGUCGCAUCGGCUGCUCCCAUCACUGCCGUUGAGAACGCUCAGCCACCAACCCUGCUCUACAACCACGAGGGUGGCCUUCUUGGUCGCGAUGUAAAAGCCGUCGAUGAAGCCAAACCACCAACUCUGCUUUACAAUCACGAGGGAGGUCUUUUAGGUCGUGAUGUAAAAACCGUCGAUGAAGCCAAGCCGCCAACUCUCCUUUACAACCACGAGGGCGGUCUUUUGGGUCGUAACGUGGACGCUGUGGAUGGAGCAAAGCCCCCAACUUUGCUCUAUAACCACGAGGGUGGGCUCCUGGGUUAG